AUCAUUGCGCAUCAAAACCAGGAAGCGCAGAGGCAGAACAGUCGAGAACAGAGUGAACAGAAACACUGCAGAGUUUGAGAGCACUGGGAAUAUUUUACGGCGUUUUUAAAACAAGUGGAAAUAUCUUAGAUUGUAUUAAAGCCCCGAACGUUUUUUUUAUCUGAAAAACGGAAACGACGCAGUGAAAGAUGUCCCAGGACUCCUCUACGCUGAGGGAGGAAGGAAACAACCAUUUUAAAGCCGGUGAUGUGCAACAAGCUCUCAGCUGCUACACCAAAGCUCUAAAGAUCAGCGACUGUCAAUCCGAGAGUGCGGUUCUGUACCGCAACCGAGCAGCAUGCUAUCUUAAACUUGAAGACCAUACCAAAGCAGAGGCAGAUGCCACCAAAGCUUUGGACGUGGAUCAAGGUGACGUCAAGGCCCGAUUCCGUCGAGCACAGGCUCUGCAGAAGCUCGGACGGUUAGACCAGGCGUUUACGGACGCUCAGAAAUGUGCACAGCUGGAACCCAAGAAUAAAGCUUUCCAGGACCUGCUUAGACAGCUAGGAGCACAGAUCCAGCAGAAGGCAGCACAGCUCUCCUCCACAGACUCACGAGUUCAACAGAUGUUCAAACUCCUUCUGGACAGUUCAGCCCCAAUUUCAGACAGACAGAAGGCUGCUCAGAAUCUGGUGGUGCUUUCACGGGAGGACGCAGGCGCUGAGCAGAUCUUCCGAAAUGAUGGAGUCAAACUCCUCCAGAAUCUUCUUGACUCCCAGCAGGAGGAUCUGAUCCUUUCUGCUCUCAGAACUCUGGUUGGCCUGUGCACCGGACACCAGUCAAGGACCAUGGCCAUUGUGAACGAGGUGGGCAUGGACCGGUUGUGCGGUGUCAUGGGUUCUGCUGCUUCCACCGUGUCUCUUUCAGCAUGCCAUCUGAUCCAGGUGAUGUUCGAGGCUCUUACGGAGGGCAUGAAGAAAGAGAUCAGAGGGAAAGAUGAGGCCAUACUGCCAGAACCCUCUCGUGAGUUGCGUUCCAUGUUGCGUCAUCUAAUUGACAUGCUUCCUGCAUCCAGCGUGUCUGGAGCCGGACGUGACAGCGCCAUCAACCUGCUGGUCAAACAGGUGCCACGAAAAUCCUUGAAAAACCCAGACAACUCUCUCACCCUGUGGGUCAUCGACCAGGGGCUGAAGAAGAUUCUAGAAGUAGCAGGAACUGUACCCGAGGUCAAAGGUGGGCCGCUGCUCACGGACAACACUCCUAUGAGCUGCUCCGUUCUGCUUAAUAAGCUUUAUGAUGACCUGAAGAGUGAUAAAGAGAGGGAAAACUUCAACAAGCUCUGUGAGGAAUAUGUCCAGUAUCACUUUGGCAGCUCAGAUAUGGAGAGUAAGCUACGAGCGAUACAGACAGUCUCUGUACUGCUGCAGGGUCCCAGUGAUGUGGGAAAUCGCACUCUGGAGCUGAGCGGUAUCAUGGAUGCUGUCAUUUCCCUUUGUGCAGCCGAAAACAUCACUCACCAGCAGGUGGCAGUGGAGGCGCUCAUUCACGCCGCCGGAAAAGCCAAGAGAGCCUCCUUCAUCACAGCCAAUGGCGUGGCUCUGCUGAAAGACCUGUACAAGAAGAGCGAAAAUGACCGGAUACGUGUGCGAGCACUGGUGGGCUUGUGCAAGCUUGGCUCCGCUGGAGGCACCGAUUUCAGCAUGAAGCAGUUUGCAGAAGGUUCAACACUUAAACUCGCCAAGCAGUGCAGGAAGUGGCUCUGCAACGAAGCUCUUCCCCUAACAUCCCGGCGAUGGGCUAUCGAGGGUCUGGCCUACCUCACGCUGGACGCCGAUGUGAAAGAGGACCUGGUGGAGGAUAAGAAAGCCCUUCAGGCCAUGUUUGAGCUGGCUAAGUCUGAAGACAAAACAGUGUUAUACGCAGUUGGAUCGACGCUGGUUAACUGCACCAACAGUUAUGAUGUUGAGAAGCCAGACCCUCAGAUGGUGGAACUAGCUAAAUAUGCUAAACAGCACGUACCUGAGGAGCAUCCAAAGGAUGCCCGGUCGUUUGUAGAAAAGAGAGUGGUGAAGCUCUUGGAGGCCGGGGUGGUGUCAGCGUUGGUUUGUAUGGUGAAACAAGAGAGUCCCGCCCUCACAGAGGCCUGCAGAGAGUGUAUCGCCAGGGUGAUUUUGGCUCUGGUGGAGAGACAGGAGGACAGAGGGUUAGUUGUGGCACAAGGAGGAGGAAAAGCCUUACUACCGCUAGUUUCUGAGAGCACAGAUCGGGGAAAGAUCAAAGCAGCGCAAGCUCUGGCCAAGAUCACCAUCACAUCCAACCCUGAGAUUGCAUUUCCGGGCGAGAGGGUCUAUGAGGUGGUUAGACCCCUGGUCAGUCUUUUGGCGCUUGACUGCACGAUGCUGCAGAACUUUGAGGCUCUGAUGGCCCUCACCAACCUGGCUGGCAUCAGUGAGAGACUCAGGCAGAAGAUCAUCAAGGAGAAAGCUGUGCCUAAAAUAGAGGGCUACAUGUUUGAGGAGCACGACAUGGUCCGUGCUGCUGCCACGGAGUGUAUGUGCAAUCUGGCCUUAAGCACUGAGGUGCAGAAGUGUUACUUGGCUACAGACAGUGACCGUCUCAAGCUUCUGGUGCUCUACAGUGGUGAAGAUGAUGAGCGGCUGAGGAAGGCUGCAUCAGGCACGCUGGCCAUGCUGACCGGAGAGAUGCCCGAGCUGUGUACACGUAUUCCUGACACAACAAGCCACUGGCUGGAGAUCUUCCAGGCUCUGCUGCUCGGUGAAAGUCAGGACCUGCGGCAUCGUGGGGCGGUCAUCGUAAUGAACCUCAUGCAGGCUGACAAAAGUCUGGCUGAGAAACUGAUGGAGAGCGAGGCUCUGGAGAUCCUCUCUGUCCUGGCUAAAGGAGACGAUCCCAAACAGGCCUCCAUUCAGAAAGCCGCCCAGCGCUGCCUGGAUCUGGCUACUGAGUACGGCCUCAUUCGGAGCAACGAGGACGGAGUCAAUGGUAAAACCAUGUGAUGCAGUAUAAGGGGGUGUUUUUUUGGUGGUUUAAAGCUUUGUCCGCUAUGGGUAGAAACGUAGCACACAUUUCAUACUGUCUACAGAGACCAAAUAUUAAGUUUAUUCACUUCCAUUCCGUCACAUG